UGAUUUUUAUUCCCAAAAUAGCCCACGCUGAAGAAAUAUGGAUGUAUUUAAACUCUUUGGGUUCCUGACUCUCCAUAAGAGCUUCAAAGCUCUGAGGUACUGCAUACCAUCUCCUGUAACUCGAUUCAAAUGGAUUUCCGUCACAAAAAGGAACAUCUUUCCUUCUCCAUCGAGAAUAUUCUACGAGACGACUUCUCCCGCGGGGUGAAGAAUGACAGAGUGAAACUAAUGCCACCUAGGUCAACUUUUACGAAGCGUUUGGACAGUGCAUCUUACCAAUUGCAUGGAGUUCAUUAUUACAGACCAAUGAUUGUUAGAUAUUUGCCCGUUAUUUAUAAAUUGGAUGCACGAUGUUUACGCUUUAACGAGGGAAAUGAACAGAAUAUAGUGACUCAGAAUCCCGCCAAUGACAAAGAUAUUUCGGGUUUCGAGGACGAUUCUUCACUUCAACAUAAAGAAGGUAAUAAUUUUCUUAAGUCCUCUUGCUUUUUUGAUCACUACAGGUAGGGAUAAUUCUAUACCUGCAUAGUAAUGAAGCGUAACGCCUCUUACUUCUCUGAAACAUAAUUUGCAUAAGCGUUAAAUUACAUGGUCUGACUAACUCGUUUACAGGGUCACUGGAUGAGGGUUUCGGUUCAAAGCUUUCUGUUUGUCUACUGUUCCCCUAGUUGCAGAAAAAAUAUCGUUUCUACACCACUUUGUUAAGACAGAAGGCAAAAAAACAAAAACAAAAAACAAAAAAAACAAGAAAAGCUUAUUAUUGAAGGCCGGGUUCCACAUUCAAAUUCCUCUAGAAAAUAAAGUAAAACGGAUUUUAUUGUGUUCCCUGUGUUCUAGAGGUUUUAUGCAACAGUAAACUCGAUCGUCAGCCGCUGCUCGGGAAAUAAGUUAACGCGUGAUGCGAAAAUUAACAAGAGGGUUCCAAAUUGAAUAAACCCCUCCUGGCCUGCUGGCAUGUCGACUGAUAAUGCCGAUUUCACAUUUGCUCUCGAGGCUUUGUUCUCGGCCAAAUAUUCAAUUCUAGGACAAUAUCUCAGCCGCAGAUAGUGUCAGCGACUUACCAGCCGUUUGAACAGGUUUAUUUACCAAAUAGGUCAAAUAUGACUUACAUUAUUCCUCUUCACCUUCAGACGCCAAAACAGACGGAAAUGGCGAUGAAAAUCCCAAACCGUUUAAGAUGGACGUCGGCGAGGACCUGACCCCCAAAAGGAAGCGAAGACACCGGAGCCAUUUCACUCAACAUCAGCUCCAACAUCUCGAAAAAUUGUUUUCCCGCCAAAAAUAUCUAACCCGAGACGAGCGCACGCUGUUGGCGAGAGGACUGGAAAUGACAGAACUUCAAAUUAGAAACUGGUUUCAGAACCGGAGAUAUUUGGAAAGAAAAAGCGUUAAAGAAUGCGCGAAACAAGUCAAAGCUAAUGAACUUUGAAGACCGAUGUGAGUUAGAGAACAUUGACGAUUUUCGUCGAGGAGC